UAGAGUAGUUGUGUACUUGUGUUUGCAGUAUUAUUGUUCAGGGUAAAAUUAAUUUACCAGAAUAUUAUAGUUAAUCUCGUUUAAAUUUUUUUCUGUUAACAAUUUUGUUUUCAUAUUUGAUUUUUUAUUUUUCUAAUGAUUCAUCAUGAUAAAACUAGAAACAUCUUAUAGUUUAGGUUCCAUCAUUGAAUCUAAUUUCUUAGGAAUAUCGAAUGAUGCUGAACCCGAUAAUGUUAUUGUUACAUUAUCAAAGAAUAUGGUUACUUGUUUUCAUGUUUGUUCAUAUAUUUCAUUUAAUAAUUUUUUUAAUUUAUUUGAUAAUCACAUUUUUUUAUGCAUACUAUUUAGAUGCCAAGUCAAAAUCAAGUUCACUGUUGGAGCAGUUCUGAUAAAUUGUCUUCUGAAGUAAUCUUUGAUCCAUUAACCAAUUGUUAUUAUGGUGUUUUUAACUAUACAAGAAUUGGAAAAUGGUUACAAAAUUCUUUAGACAUGAAAGAUAUGAAAAAAUAUAAUGUGAGUUUUUUUCUAUAAUUUAUAUGUUUUUGUAGUUAACAAUAAUAGAUUGUGUAAAUAACUAAUAUAAUAUCAUACAUUUAAGAAAAUAUUGAACAUGAAUUGUUAAUACAAAAAAUAACCAAGUUACUUUAUAUCACUAUUAUAAUCAGUAUGAUUUUUUCAUUUUAAUAAUGAUGGAGCUACUAUAAUUUUAUUCAAAAAAUAUAUACAUAUAAUAAUUAAAUCUUGAGGUAAUUCAAAUGAUGCAAGUUUUCAUCUACAAAUAAUGAAAAUGAAAAAUGAAAUAUCUAUAUGAUUUAAUUUUAAUUCUCUUUAAUUUGCUCAAUUUAGUUUUUAAAAUACAGUGAUUAUUUUUCACUUAUAAACACCAAAGUAAACUAAUUAAAACAAGUUUUAAGCCACUAAUAUGUAUCUAAUCUAUAGUUCUUAGAAGAUUAAUAAAACUGUUACUUACAGAAUGUUUACUUUCUUAUUCUUAAGAUGCAAUUUUGAAUUUUCGAACAUCAUCCAAUACAUUCAUAAAUGAGCAAGAACCCUUUAGAACAAUAGUACAGUGGUGAUAAAAAAUAAUUUUAUAACAAAUAAUAUAAAGAAUGGAUACCAUACAUUAAAUAGCAAAAAAUACUGAUUUCAAACAGUUUGAAAAUAAACUAUUGAAUUAGAAUCAACUGGUUUCAAUUAAAAUAUUUAAUAGAGACCUAUACUGCUCUGCUAAGCAAAAGUGCUGUAAAAACAAAUAUAUUAGUUUUGAGAAAAAUGUAUUCUUGUAUUUUUCGUUUUCUUACCUUUGUUUAUUUUCCAUUCUAUUUGAUUUUGUGUAAAAUAAAUAAAACAAAUUUAAACCAUAUCAGCAUGUAUAGUAUGCAUACAAUUAUAAGUUAUAAGUCACAAAAUAAUGCUAAGCAAUUGCGCCGUAACUUGAAUAGAACAUAGAAAUAUUAAGACAAAUUACAGUAUCUAUAAAAAUAUUUACGGUGUUUAUGCUUAGUAAAUGUAAGAUGCGGCUUUCUUACUUAGUGCAAUUAAUAUUGUUGGUCACUUAAAUCAUUUUCAAUAAAAUAUGAUUGUGUUUUUAGCUUAUUCAAUGUAAUUUCUGGAGUUUUUUUUCCACAAAAAUUAUGUAGAAUUGGUAUACUUAACAAAAGCUAUCAUUUUUUUUUUCAAGUUGUCGUACUUUUGCUUAGCAGGACAAUAUAUAAAUUGCUAGUUGGAAUUUCCUGGUAAUUUUGUUGUGAAUAGAGUUGUAUCAUACUAUAGUCAGUAUUUCCUUAAAUAGAAGGGACGACAAUUUAUUCACGUUUAGUAUUUGAUUGAUCCUGUUAAAUUAUUUAAUUUUUUAUGUAUUUAUAUAUAUAUAUAGUUCACUGUCAAAAUAAAACAUCUUUUAACAAGAUUGGACUAUAAAGGAGCAGUAGCAGUUUUUGAAAAUGGAUAUUGUGAAUGUUUAAAAGAAGCAAUUAGUAACAGAAAAAAAAACAGAGUUUCUAUUAUUAAUGAUGGCGAAAUAAUUGAGUUUUCAAAAUUAUGCUUCUUCAAAAAAAAAGCUAUAUGUAUUAUUGUAUCUGUUGAUAACAAUGUAAAUUGUAUUUUUUAUUUAUGAUCCACAGACAUUUUAUUGUAAUAAUGAUCUCAUCAAAUUUUUAAUAUUAUAAUUUCAGAAUAUAAAAACUUUACGAUCUGUGCCAUUGGAAGAUUCAUUUUUACCAAUUAAUUUACAAAUAUCUUUCAAAAACAAAACUGUCAAAUUGCUUGGUUAUUGUAUAAAAGAAAAUUCCACUUCACUUAAUGUUAUAACAUUUUGUAAGUAUUUAACUAUAAAACAUUUAUUUGUUUAUAGUAUUAACUAUACUUAUGGUGAUUAUGAUUUAAAAAUAAUUGCCUUUCAAAAUUUUAGAAACUUGAUUGUCUAAAAAAGAUUCUAUAAGUAGGUGUAGUAUUUGUUUAAAAUUUUAAAUAUAUAUUGGUAUCGACAUUUUUGAUUCCCGUAAACCCAUUGACGAUAUAUUCCGCUGUUUAGUAUAGGCUGGAGAGAUUAGCACAGUGAUAUUUAAAUGUCCCACAUGGUGCCACCAUAUAAAUAAUGCUUCACUACUCUCCCCUACUCGAACUUAACAGUGAAAAAUCACGUCAAAGAGCGACUAUAAUCAAAAAUAAAAAAUAUCCAGGGCGAUUCAUUAAGGGUGCUUACCUCAUUUGUUUGGUUACAUUUUGUAUGUAUACAAAUUCUAAUCUUAAACAAUUUUUAGUGUAGUUAAUUCCAAUAUUUUCAACAUAUUUAGAUUUUUCAUGACAUUUAAGGAGUAUCCUGUGGUGAUACCAACUUUGGUUUUUCAAAUGAGAACCUAUAUUAAGAAAGUUUUUCUAGGAUAAUGGGGAUGGAUAUUCGGUUGAUAGUUGCUUUGUCAAUAAUUAUUAUGUGUGUCACAUUAUGGUAAGUUAAUUACAUAUGCAUUAUAUAUUUCCUUUAAUAAUAUUUAUUUAAUAUUGUACCUAUUUUUCUGGGAUUUCCAAUAUAUUGAGAAAAAUUCUGGCAAAAUCAAAAAAUGACCACCCUAAAGGAUCUCCCCUGUCAGAUUUCCUACAGAAAAAAGAAGAAAACAUUGUAAAACCAAUACAUUCCUCGCUCCUCUUAAAAUAUAAAGUAUACGGUCCUUUUUUUUUUUUUGUGAACAAAUUUUCGGGAGGUAAUUUUUCGAAUUCCAGAACUAAAUGGAAAAACAGGAAAAUAGGUACUAUACUAAAGAAAAUAUAUAAUGCACAUGUAAUAAUUUUACCAUAAUAUGGCUUAUAUGUUAACAAAGUAACACUAUCAACUGAACUCCGCUCAGAAGUACCUCCCCAGUCAGAUUUUCUUUUAGAAAAAGUACUAUCAUUGUAAAUUUGAACAAAAUUGCUAGUAGAAAAAUUAGUUUUCCACGAAGAAAAAAUAAACAUUGUAAAUCCAUAAGCUUCUUUGCUUCACUCAGAAUCUAAAAUACAUAAUCAGAUAGAAUAUUAGUUUAGUAAAUUUUGGUGUGAACAUUUUUGAUUUCCGCCAACCUAUUGACAAAAUACUCCACUGAUUCACUAGUUUAGGUAAGAGGAGAGUAGUAGAGUAUCAUAUGUGUGGUGGUUUUAGUACUUUAUAUCUCGUCAACAGGUUGACGCUAAUCAAAGAUGUUGAUUUAACAUCUAAAUUUAUUUAAAGUUAGUGAUUCGUUUUUUUUUUUCAUGAACCAGAAAUUUCCUUGGAGAAUUUUAAAUUAAUUUGAUUUUGUUUUUUUAGUCAUUCUGGAAUGGUAUAAGCUUUAUUUUAAAUUUGUUAUCCCUGCUGUUUGUACCUGAAAUAUGUAUCCUCUUUUGAUUUUUAAAUAGCAAACCUCCCUCCUCCCUUUUCAAUCACAAAUUCAAAUUAAGAAUAAUUUUAGAAAUUUGAUUUACAUAUAAUGCUAAUAUCAGAUUUGCUGUUUAUGAGGUAUAACACUUUAAAGUUUAAACCAGAGGGGUAUAGAAGAGUUAGCAGUUUAUCAUUUAAAAAUAGAUAUGUAAUUUAUAAGUUGAAAAUAGUGUUAAAAUAAAGCUUAAACAUUUCCAUAAUCAUUAAAAAAAAAAUCAAAUUCAUUUAAAAAUUUCCUCAGAGAACAUAUCCGGUUUUCGAUAACAGAAACCCCUUGUAUACCAUUUAAUUCAUCAAUAAUUGUAAUAAUUGCUAUUCAAUUUUCACAGGGUCUGAUGGCUUUUUAUACUCUAGUGAAUUAUAUGCUGAGUCUAAUUGCAAUGACUUUCCAGGAAAACUACUAACAGAAAUUGCUUUUGUUAAUUCAAAAAAGCAAGUAACAAUAAUUCAACUCAGUUCAGAUUGUAUUGGUAUUUAUGGAGCAGAAUUACAAGGAGAUGGUAAGUAAUUUACCAAAAUAUUAUAAUUUAUAUAUUUAUAAAAAAAAAAAAGGAUAAUUAACUUUAAAUAUAAAAUUAAAAACUUCCCUUAUAUGAUUUUCAAAGUAAUAAAAAUAGUUUGGUUAAAAUAGUGGUGCACUAAUAAAACAUUGUUUGCCCUGCCACCAUAUAAACCACAUACACCACCACUACUCUACCUCUUACUAAAACUAAAAAGUGGAAUUUAACGGGUUGACGGAAAUCAAACAUUUUGACACCAAAAUUUAUUUAUUGUAAUACUCUUUAUUAAAUUUUAGAUUCCGAACGUAGCGAGGUAUCUAUUGGUUUUACAAUACUGUUUAUUCUUCUUUAUUCUAGUCUGUGGACAUGUUUUUUCUUAGUAAACUUGUUCCUAUCUUUACAAACCUUUUUUGAAAGUUCAAGUUGUCUAUAUGGUACUUUAGACAGGUAAUUUUUUAAAUAAAAGCACCAAAGUAGGAAAACGUACAAUUACACAAUUUCGUUAUUUUAUAAAAAAAAAUCACAAGAUACCUUUUUUGUUGCCUUUUUGAUAUACUUUUUUACGGUAUUAUUCCCAAAACUUUUGAGCCGCUUCUGAACUUUUAAGGAAUUUUAAUUUUCGGGAGUUUUUUUGCUGUAAUUCAGUUAUAAAUUCAUUUGGAUACUUGAAACUUGAUAAUAAUACUUAUAUUGGAUUUACCUAAAUGUUGGUAAAAUUUACGAAAAUCAUCAGACGACUUUUUUUAACAAACAUUUUGAAAUCAAAUUUAAACAAAAAUCGCAAAAAAAUAUUACGGCACUUCAAUGAAUUAUGUAUUAUCGAACUGCACUCGGAAUUGUCUUUCGUUAACUAUGGUUUAUCGUUGCUUACAGAUAUAAAUGAAAGAACCUUAUGUAUCCUACCUUCCCAACUUUCCACCUACAACAGUGGCUGUACCCAUCCCUAGUUUCACCUCUUUAAUAUAGGUUCUCAUUUGAAAAAACCAAAGUUAGUAUCACCACAGGAUUGAAUAUUAAAUAUUUUGAAAAAUCUGAGUUUUCAAAAAUAUCGGCUUUUUUUUCUUUCUUUUUUUACGGCCUUUUAGACCACACAUCCAAACAUAAUUGCCUCCAUCCUUCACGAUUUGGUGCUAGUAUAUGCCAAUCUUCCUCCGGGUAGAAAACUGUUACAUCUUUUUUGACGUAGUCCUCCAUCGUAUUCUGGGUCUUCCUAAUGGUCUUUUCCCUCUUAGAUUCUCUUGUAAGACCGUCUUUGUCAUAGCAUCAAGUUUCCUCCACACAUGACCUGCCCAUUCCAAUUUUUUUCUUUUUAUCUCCUUUACUAUAUCCGGUCUGUUAUAUAAGUCAUAUAACUCCUCAUUGUGUCUUUUACGCCAUUCAUCUGUUUGCGGGUCAUGAUAUGGUCCAUAAAUCCUUCUUAAUAUUUUCCUUUCAAAGACCCUCAGUGUUUUGAUUCAUCAUUUUUCCUUACAGUCCAACAUUGUGCUCCAUAAAGUACUAUUGAUCUUAUUAGUGUGACAUACGGCUGAAUUUUAAGUGUCUUUGAGAGUAUUCUUGACUUGAGUAAGUUCCCCAUUGCGUAAUAACACUUGUUACCCAUNUUGCUAUUAUUCGACCCUUUGGGGUCACGGGGAGGAAGUGAUUAGUCACGACCAAAAUUAACUAAAAUUCUUUUCUUAUAACACUGAAAAAAGUGAGGGGAAUCUACAUCAAACAUUUUCAAAGUUCAUAAAUAAGGACAUUCCUAGUAAAAGAUACAAAUAAAAUAAAUUAUUAUCAAAUAAAUGUAAAAUAAAUAUAAUUAAUACAUGGAAUAUGCAUUCCUUAUGUCUUCCUAGUGGUCUAUUCCCUCUUGGAUUCUCUUGUAAGACCGUCUAUGUCAUCGCAUCAGGUUUCCUCCACAUAUGACCUGUCCAUUCUAAUCUUUUUCUUUUUAUCUCCUUUACUAUAUCCGGUCUGUUAUAUAAGUCAUAUGACUCCUCAUUGUGUCUUUUACGCCAUUCAACUGUUUGCGGUCAUGAUAUGGUCCAAAAUAUUAUAUAUAAUACAUUCUGUUUUCUCUUCAUUAAUUUGCAAUCCAACUUUUAUCGCUGCUGUUAUAAGUCGUUCACACAGACUUUUUACUGUAUUUAUAUUAUUUCUUAAAAACACUAUAUCAUCUGCGUAUCCUAAAAUACUUAUUGAUGUCCCAUUGAGUUUCACCCCUUCAUCUGGUGAGAUAUUCAUCUUUCUAAUUACUUUUUCCAGAACUAGAUUAAAAAUAAUUGGGGAUAGUGCAUCACCUUGCCGUAGUCCUGUAUUCACCUGAACUUCUCUUGAUAGUACAUUACCAACUUUCAAUUUUACUAUAUAUAUAUAAGCAUAUGGCUUCGGCAUAAUUAAAUAAAUAAAUAAACAAAACAGGAUAAAUAAAUAGAUAAAUAGAUAAAUAAAUAAAUAAUGAUAGCAAUAAUAAAUANGGGGAUAGUGCAUCAUCUUGCCGUAGUCCUGUAUUCACCUGAACUUCUUGAUAGUACAUUACCUUGAUAGUACAUUACCAACUUUCACUUUUACCAUGGUGCCAUUUAAAGUGGCUUUAAUUAAUCCUAUAAGCUUUUGUGGGAUGCGGAAAUGUUUUAAAAUUUUGUAUAUACUUUCUCUGUUGAUACUAUCAUACGCCUUUUUGAAAUCUACAAAAAGUGUAUGUAGAUCUUGAUCGAAUUCCCAGGUUUUUUGAUAUAGUUGUCUUAUANUGCGGAAAUGUUCUAAAAUUUUGUAUAUACUUUCUCUGUUUAUACUAUCAUACGCCUUUUUGAAAUAUACAAAGGUGUAUGUAGUUCUUGAUCGAAUUCCCAGGUUUUUUGAGCUAGUUGUCUUAUAAUAAAUAUUUGAUCUAUUGUAGUUUUAUUUUCUCUACAACCACCUCGAUAGUAAUUUAUGAUAUUUUCCGCCAAAGGUUUAAUUCUAUCUAGAAUGCAAUACGAUAAGAUUUUAUAGGUUAUAUUCACUAAGGUUAUACCUCUAUAGUUGCUGCAUUCUUUUUUAUCAUCCUUUUUGUGUAAAGGGCAAAUUAAUGCCAUAUUCCAAUCUUUAGGUAACUCUUCAGUAUUCCAUAUUUUCUCAAUUAGUUAAUGAAUCAUCUCAAUCAUUGUUUCAUCGACACAUUUUAGGAUUUCGCAUUGUAUACCAUCUUCGUCAAGUGAUUUAUGGUUUUUUAAUCUCUUAAUUUGUGUUUAAAUUUCUUGUACCGUAGGUGUUUCAUAUUAGCAAUUAUUUGGUUGUUCUUAUAUAUAAUCAAAAUAUUCCCGCACGCCCAUCGGGCGAUGGGCGCGCCACAUUCCCUAUGCCAUAAUUCCUUAUACAUAAAAUGUUUAUUUGUACGUAGUCACCGUAAUUUUAUUUAAUUAUUGAAUAUGAAGUAUACAACCUUUAGAAAUAUCCUAAAUAUUAUUACAUAUUGUAUACAUUUAUUUUGAAAAUUACCCAUGUUUGCUAUUAUUCGACCCUUUGGGGUCACGGGGAGGAAGUGAGUAGUCACGACCAAAAUUAACUAAAAUUCUUUUCUUAUAACACUGAAAAAAGUGAAGGGAACCUACAUCAAUCAUUUUCAAAGUUCAUAAAUAAGAACAUUCCUAGUAAAAGAUACAAAUAAAAUAAAUUUUUAUAAAAUAAAUGUAAAAUUUUUUAAGCUAGUUGUCUUAUAAUAAAUAUUUGAUCUAUCGGCUUUAACUAUACUUUUUAAAAAUCAGAUUUUGAAUAAAUGCAAUAUAAAGGGGUUGAGCACGCUUAGUGAAUCACCCUGUAUGUUAAAAUGGUGGGUAUUUUUUUCAUAUAAUCUAUAACAAUUUAUUAAAAUUAAUAAGAAACAAUUUUAUAUAGGUACAGUUGUAUAUAUAUAUAUAUACAAUAUUUACAUUCUUUUUUAAUUAAUUUUUUUAGGAGCUGUUUUAGUAAUAUACAAUUUUCAUUACAAUAUGGUGAUUGCUGUACAACAUUUUAAAAACUAUGCUGACCCUCCAAAUUUGUGGUGUUUUGGAAAUUAUUUACUUUUAAUAACAGGCCAAAACUUAGCAGUGCUUCCUUUUACAUCUGAAAGAAAUAAUUUGUCUCUGUUAAUGGAUAAUAAUUUAAUUAAAAAAAAUGAUAAAUAUGAAGAAAUUGAAUGGGAUGUUAAUGCAAAACAAAAUUGUAAUGAUACAAACAUUUCAUCUUCAGCAUUAUCACAAUCAAAGUAAGAACCGUAUACAUUUCUUAAAACAUCAAUGCUAAUUUUUUUUUUUUUUUUUUUCAGGCUAAAUGAAAUAAUUAUCAGGGACUAUAUUAAAAACAAAAAUGAUGAAUAUUUGAUUCAGUUAUUGAUGGAAAAUAAUGAUAUCAAUGAUAUAUCUUUAGUUGAAAUAUUGUCAUACUGCAGUUUAAACACAGUAAAACAUUCAAAGCUUUUGGUAAAAUUAUUUGCAUAUCCACCAUUAAAUAAACCAGCUCGUUUACGAGGUCAAAUACCAUUUGAAAAUAUGUUAAACCUUUUAAGUACUUUAUAUUCAUGUAUGAAAGAAAAACUAAUUGAAGAAAGAUUGAUUGAUUGGAUGACAUUAUUGAUUGACUGUUCAUAUCAGCAAAUAUUAUUAUCAAACGAUCCUAAUGUACUUGAAUUUAUCAUUAAAGUGAAAGAAGAUAUCAAUAAUAAAUGUGACUAUGUGGACACAGUAAAUAAUAGAAACAAUACAAAACAUAUUAUAAAAAGUAAAAAUGUUAAUAGAAAAAAACGAGAUGAACCUAUUAACAAUUUAUAUAAAAUUGAAAAAAUUAAUUUAUAUUAAGUAAAUUUGUGC